ACGAUUACCGUUUUCUCAUCUCGUCCUAAAUUCCUUACAACGCUUUUACCUGUUAAUUGUAAUACCCCACGUUUGUUCUUUUCGAAACCCUAUUCUACUCUUUCUCUUUCUCCCAUUCGAAUUUCAUUUUUUUUUCUAUCUCUUCCGUCCAAUUCAUCAAUGCUUCAAGGAAUAGAUGCCUUCGCCUUAGCGUAUAAAGUGUGCUUUUGCUUGCCUUGAAGGAGGAAGGGUGGCUGAAAAGAAAAUUUAAUAUAUCACUUUCGGAAAACUUUGAAGAGUUUGAAAUACCUGCAGUUUUCGUCUAAAGUUAUAUAGGACAUUCUUCCUUUGUCCAUACUACUUAGAUUUAAUGGAUAAGAAUUUGGGACCAUGAUUUUGAAGGAGCAUCCUGUUGGUACUGAAUUGGCAAUGAAUAAUGCCAGUGUGGAGGAGGAAAUAGAUUUUUCUUGUGAACCAUACAUAGGGUUAGAAUUUGAUUCAUCAGAUGAUGCACUUAAGUUUUACACAUCAUAUGCAAAUCGGACGGGAUUUAAAGUUCGGAUUGGUCAGCUUUAUCGAUCAAGAACUGAUGGGUCAGUCUCUUCGCGAAGAUUUGUGUGCUCGAAGGAGGGAUAUCAGCUCAGUUCAAGAACAGGCUGUCCAGCAUUCAUAAGGGUGCAAAUAAAUGGUUCUGGAAAGUGGGUUGUUGAUCAUUUUCAUGAGGACCACAAUCACAAUCUUGAAAUCGAAAGUGAAAAUUGCACUCCAACAUUGCAACAGAAGGGUGCUACAGCUAUCAAUUCUCUUACUGAAGUGCCUCGCAGGCCAAGGAAGAAAUUGCUCAAAGAAGACAAUGAUGAACUCUCUUGUCCUGUUGGCAUUAUUAAUUUCAAGCGCCUGAGAAAGGAAGAACUUGAAGGACAGUCCAUGAUUGAACCAUUUGUCGGUCAAGAGUUCAGUUCGCCCAAUGAAGCAUACCAAUUUUAUCAUGCAUAUGCAGCAUAUUUGGGUUUUGCAAUUCGAAUUGGUCAAUUGUUUCGUUCUAAGAAUGAUGGGUUGAUCACAUCACGCCGUUUUGUGUGCUCAAAAGAGGGGUUCCAGCGCCCUUCAAGAGUUGGUUGUGGGGCAUAUUUGAGGAUUAAGAGACAACCAUCGGGAAAGUGGGUAGUGGACCGUCUCCAAAAAGAUCAUAAUCAUGAUCUGGACUCUGAAAAGGAAGGUAGGGCAAAAAGUCUUCCUGCUUCUAACAUUUUGACUGAGGAGGUAGAUACUGGACUGGUAAAUGGUGACUUAUUUAGGAUAGAUAACUACCCUGUCCCUAGAGGAGUUAGACAAAAUCACAUUAAAAGUGAUUGGUACAGUGUGCUUUUAGAGUAUUUUCAAUCAAGACAAGCAGAAGAUACUGGAUUCUUUUAUGCUGUGGAAGUUGAUAAUAGUAAUUGCAUGAGCAUAUUUUGGGCUGAUGGCAGAUCUAGAUAUUCAUGUAGUCAGUUUGGUGAUGUCCUUGUUAUAGACACAUCAUACCGAAAAAGUAUCUAUUUGGUACCAUUUGCUACUUUUGUUGGAGUUAACCAUCACAAGCAACCUGUUCUUCUUGGAUGUGCUCUAAUUGCUGAUGAAUCUGAAGAGUCUUUCACUUGGUUGUUUCAGACAUGGCUGAGGGCAAUGUCUGGCCGGCAGCCUCUAUCAGUAAUAGCUGAUCAAGACAUUGCAAUCCAGAGGGCAAUAGCAAAAGUCUUUCCAGUAACCCAUCAUCGCUUUUCAUUGUGGCAAAUUAAGGCAAAGGAACAAGAAAACAUGGGUAUGAUGGGUAGUGGGUUUACAACAGAUUACGAAAAGUGUGUUUACCAGAGUCAGACAGUUGAUGAAUUUGACACCACAUGGAAUGCCCUACUCAACAAAUAUGGAUUGAAGGACAAUGCUUGGCUAAAAGAAAUGUAUGAGAAGCGUGCAUCCUGGGCUCCAUUAUAUUUAAAGGGCACAUUUUUUGCUGGCAUUCCCAUGAAUGAAAGUUUGGAUUCAUUCUUUGGUGCACUUUUAAAUGCCCAAACGCCUCUCAUGGAGUUCAUUUCACGCUAUGAAAGAGGUCUUGAGCGACGCCGUGAGCAAGAAAGGAAAGAGGAUUUCAAUACUUCUAAUUUUCAACCCUAUUUGCAAACAAAAGAACCAGUAGAAGAGCAAUGUAGAAGGCUUUACACUCUUGCAGUAUUCAAAGUAUUUCAAAAAGAGCUUUUGCAGUGCUAUAGUUAUCUUGGGUUUAAAAUAUAUGCAGAAGGGGGGCUCAGCAGAUAUUUGGUGCGUAGGGGUGGAAAUGAUGUGGAGAAGCAUGUCGUUACAUUUAGUGCAUCCAAUCUCAGUAUUAGUUGUAGUUGUCAGAUGUUUGAAUAUGAAGGUGUUCUUUGUAGACAUGCAUUGAGGCUUUUCCAGAUAUUGGAAUUACGAGAAGUUCCUUCUCGCUACAUCUUGCACCGAUGGACUAGAAAUGCUGAGGAAGGUGUUUUUCCUGACAUAGAAUCAUGGAGUAGCUCUCAGGAACUCAAAAAUUUGAUGCUAUGGAGUCUAAGAGAAACUGCAUCUAAAUACGUUGACGCUGGUGCAACAUCUAUUGAAAAGUAUAAACUUGCCUAUGAGAUUUUGCGAGAGGGUGGGAGGAAGCUAUGUUGGCACAGGUGAAUGAUUCUAUGUUCUGUGAGCUUGUACACAGUUGUACGAUUAAUUUUUGUAGCUUGAACUGUUUAUUUAUGGUGGUAUUUUAGCUCUUCUAA